CAACAAUCUCCGACACGUUUCAGAUUUUAGCUUCGAACGAAGUGCCGUUGAUGCUAUGACCAUCGCAGAGGCUUUGUAGUUGGGCAUCAUUAUAUCACCAAAAGACCGGACGUUCUUAUUUAUAAUUCACAACAAACCAAGAGAAGAGGUCCAAGAUACAACCAAUCCAGCCUGCCAUCAAUCACUCCAACGUGCAAAUGCUUUCGACAAUGUCCGUUCCUCGCACAUUUGACCAGAGGUCUUACCAAUCAACCCCCUUGGCCAUGGAUGCAACCAUCAACGGCGCCUUUGAGGCUUUAGAUGGCAUCAAUUUCGACUUUCAGCCAUUCACUGUGCAGGAAAGUCUCCGGGAGGAUUCGGCAACCCUCGAGAGGAGGAGAUUCUCCUGGGAGACUGCAUCAACCCCUUCGUAUCACGCUGCCUCCGAUUAUACACUAGCCAACGAUCAAAAUUCACAGCUCUAUAUUUGUUCUCCGUCAUCUGUUAUUUCGAAGGCCUAUGGGCAUCUUCGUCCCAUGUUUCCAGAUGACAUCACUGGAACCUUUGCAAACAAUCAUCAGGGCCUUGAUCAACGGGUACAUCAGUGGCUCUCAGAGCUCCCGGAUAUUCCAUGGCUGGAUGUGAUUUAUGUUGAUGCCCUAGAUGAAAGCACCGGGGACGAAUCUUCCUCAACGACUGAUACUGAACAACCAAGAGAGUCAAUUCCUGGAACCGAAGGUCUCUUAAAUUACCUGGACUUUCUAGACACGUAUUAUGAAAGCGUUCAGCCUACAAGUCCAACGCGCGGAUAUGUAGACUAUGGAAGGCCUGAAGUAUAUGGCACGACGACGGAUGCGACAGCAGCCCUCGAUGCAUACCAUUUGACCCUGCUGCAAAUAGACUCAUCUUCCGCUUUCACUACAAAAGUUGACUGGAAGUUUCGACCAUCGAUGCGACGACAGUACCCUCGGGGCUUGGAAAAGGAAGCCCGUAGGAGUAUUAGUCUGGUUGCGUCUUCGAGAUCUCACGAGUGAGUUUAUGUGUAUUUAAAAGGAGCGACUCUUUAGCAUUAUUUAUUUGGCGGUGUUAUUUUUUCCAUUACUUAGAAGCUUGGAUAAUAGACCAGAAUUGCCGACUUGGAGGA